CUGUGGGCAGCCUGUUCUGGCUUUGAUCUGAUCUCUGGAGAAUGUCAGUUGCUUUGUCAUAGAGCGGCGCAGUCCCUCUAUGGGAUGCUGAUACCCUCUUGCGCACUUUUGGGGUUACCAUGGCGGGAUCAGUGGAUGCAAUGUUGGCCAGGGCAAAAGAUGUCUGCAAGAGGAAUGGUCUGCUUAUCCUGUCCGUGCUGUCAGUCAUUGUGGGAUGUCUUCUGGGAUUUUUCCUUAGGACCCGACGUCUCACUGAGCAGGAGAUCAGUUACUUCCAGUUUCCCGGAGAGCUCCUUAUGCGAAUGCUGAAGAUGCUCAUUCUACCUCUUGUGGUGUCAAGUUUGAUGUCCGGGCUGGCCGCGCUAGAUGCGAAGACAUCCAGUCGCCUGGGGAUUUUCACAAUUGCCUAUUAUCUGUGGACCACUUUCGUAGCCGUGAUUGUGGGGAUCAUCAUGGUAUCCAUCAUUCACCCGGGGGGAGCGGCACAGAAGGAGAACACGGGGCACAGCGGGAAGCCAGUCAUGAGCUCUGCAGAUGCUCUGCUGGACCUGAUCCGGAACAUGUUUCCAUCAAAUCUUGUUGAGGCUACAUUCAAGCAGUACCGCACUAAGAACGUACCGGUGGUUAAAAGUGGGAAGACGGCCUUAUCUGAAAGCAUUACUCACAGAAUACUCAUUUAUGGGAUUCAGGAUGAAAAUGGAUCACACAUACAGAAUUUUGCCCUUGACAUCACGCCAUCCCCAGAUGUUAUCUACAAGUCAGAGCCCGGAACCAGUGAUGGCAUGAAUGUGUUGGGUAUUGUCAUCUUCUCGGCCACUAUGGGAAUAAUGCUCGGACGCAUGGGGACCAGUGGAGUUCCAGUUGUCAGUUUCUGUCAGUGCUUGAACGAGUCAGUUAUGAAGAUUGUUGCAGUUUCUGUGUGGUAUUUCCCAUUUGGAAUUGUUUUCCUGAUCGCAGGGAAGAUUCUGGAGAUGGACGAUCCGACCUCUAUUGGGAAGAAGCUAGGAUUUUAUGCUAUUACCGUAGUGUGCGGUUUGGUGGUACAUGGACUCUUUAUUCUUCCCAUCAUGUACCUGUUUAUCACUAAGAAGAAUCCCAUCGUUUUUAUACGAGGAGUGUUACAGGCUUUGUUGAUAGCCUUAGCCACGUCCUCCAGUUCUGCCACUUUGCCAAUAACAUUCAAGUGUCUACUAGAGAACAACCACAUAGACCGCCGAAUCGCCAGGUUUGUGCUGCCAGUGGGCGCCACCAUCAACAUGGAUGGAACAGCUCUGUAUGAAGCUGUGGCUGCCAUCUUUAUCGCACAAGUCAAUAACUACGAGUUGGACUUUGGCCAGAUCAUUACUAUCAGUAUUACAGCUACUGCCGCCAGUAUCGGGGCGGCAGGGAUCCCCCAAGCUGGCCUGGUAACCAUGGUGAUUGUAUUGACCUCUGUUGGCCUGCCUACUGAUGACAUCACACUUAUCAUUGCAGUUGACUGGGCUUUGGACAGAUUCCGGACUAUGAUUAAUGUACUUGGAGAUGCUCUGGCUGCCGGUAUCAUGGCCCAUGUUUGCCGAAAAGACUUCGCCAAGCAGAGUGAUGAGCAGGUCCCUCUGAUAUGUGAAACAAAGCCAAUCAGUAUCCAUCAAAUCAUGGCGUACCAGCGGAAUGGCUGUGUGAAAAGUCGGAGCGCACCUCACCUCUCCACGUCCCCACAGGAGUUUCACCAGGUACAAGUAGAUCCCGAGACAGAGAACCCUGAGCCCUCGGGAAAAUGCUCAGACAAAGACCAUUGCACAAUAGAGAUCAGUGAGCUGGAGACGAACGUCUAACAAAAAACGAUGUAGGACAUUCACCAGCAAAUAUUCAUUAACUGCACUGCAGCUAGUGGAGAAAUACGGCCUUUUCUUUUCAUUAUCCGUCAGGAAGAAGGUACACAAUACAUUAUAGUCAUGAACCAGCAUCAAGAGGAAGAAACUAUUUGUAAAAACUUUUAUUUGUCUUUGGACAACCAUAUCCA